AUGGCGCUUCUGGCAUGUGUCCUAUAUCUCGCCUCAUGUGUUGCAGCUCUGCCAGUCUACCCGGCGCAAUCACCAAUCCUGCUAGAUCAUACCCAAGGCUACCAGUUUGACCCCCUGUUACAUCUUCCGGGCAUAUCCCCGUACUUCGACGCCGUGGGAUUCGGUCUCGAACAUGCGGCACCGCCGGGCUGCACGGUCACUGCAGCAUCAUACCUUGUUCGCCAUGCUGCCAUCUACGCUAACGACGACGAGUACGAAGAAUAUAUCAAACCAUUCCUCUGGAAGCUAGAGAAGCACCGACAGGGCUGGUCUGGUCCUCUCGAAUUCAUGUCAACGUGGGUCUCACCGAUCUUAGAGGACCAUCUAGAGGACAUCACACCGUCCGGUGCAGAAGAUGCAAAGAAAGUCGGCGGUCACCUUGUCAAACGAUAUCCCAAGCUGGCGCCCACCGUGAAGAAGAUCUUGGCCGACAAGAAGCCCAGGACAUUUGACACUGCGAUAGCCGUCGCGAAGGCGUUUCCGAAUCACGAAGACAUCGAGGUUGUUCGAUUCCUCCACAACCAUAAUGGCAGUUUUGACAGCUUGAUCCCUCACAAGAGUUGCUCAGCCUUCACCAAGAUCCCGGGCACCAAAGAGAUGGGUGACUUCGUCCACCACUACGCGCCGCACGUGUCUGGGCGUCUAGCACGAUUCACCCCGUUUGAGUUGAGUGACAAUGACGUUGUUGGCCUGCAGAGUCUUUGUGGUUAUGAGUCUGCAAUCAAAGGCGAACGAAGUCCCAUCUGCGCAGUUUUCACUGACGCGGAGUUCUUUGCGUACGAGUAUGCCUGGGACCUCAAGUAUUCACACAUGGUCGGUCCCUUGAACCCAUUGUCACCGUACCUGGGCUUCCCCUGGCUUAAAACACAGAGCGAGCUCUUUCAGCAACUUGAGAAGGAACCGGACAGCCACUCAGAACCAGAUACAGGCUCCGGUUGGCCGUCACCCCAGCGCUUUUUCCUCAGCUUCACCCACCGCGAAGUACCGCCCUUCGUGGCAACAGCAUUAGGAAUAUUCAACUCGUCUUCCUCUGCCGUCGAAGAAUUCCCAACGGACCAUAUCAACUGGGCACGAUCUUGGAGAAUGAGUGAUCUCAUCCCAUUCCUGGGACACGUCGGCAUGGAAAAGAUGACAUGUGAUGGUCGGCCCGGGCGUGAGGGCGAGUACAUAAGAGUCAUUGCAAACACGGCGCCCCGGCCCAUACCUAGCUGUCAGGACGGCCCUGGUGCGAGCUGCUCGAUGGAGCAAUGGACGGACAUCAUUGCGCAGGGAGCAGAGAAGUACAAAGACUACCAUAAAAUAUGCAGCACCACUUCGUGA